AUGUGGAGGGCUCCAGGGCUGCAGCUUGAGCAAACACACGAAGCUUACCGUGAAAUAGGGACAGAGGAGGCAUUUACUGCUGUAUUAUGCUCGGAGCGGGGGAAGACGAUGUCGAGCAAGGAGAAGGGGAAGUUUGAAGAAAUGGCCAAGGGAGACAAAGCGCGUUAUGACAGGGAGAUGAAGAACUACGUCCCUCCCAAGGGCGAGAAGAAGGGGAAGAAGAAGGACCCCAACGCUCCUAAAAGACCACCGUCUGCGUUCUUCCUUUUCUGUUCUGAGCACCGUCCGAAAAUCAAAAACGAUCAUCCUGGCUUGUCCAUUGGAGAUACAGCAAAGAAGCUGGGCGAGAUGUGGUCUGAGCAGUCGGCCAAAGACAAGCAGCCGUACGAACAGAAGGCUGCCAAGCUAAAGGAGAAGUACGAAAAGGAUAUUGCAGCAUAUCGUGCCAAGAGCAAGAGUGAUGCAGGAAAAAAGGGCCCAGGCAGGCCUGCAGGAUCUAAGAAGAAAGCGGAACCGGAAGAGGAGGAGGAGGAGGAGGAAGACGAUGAAGAGGAAGAAGAAGAAGAGGAUGAGGAAUAAACGAAUGUCCUGCUGUAAAGAUUUAUGCUGAAAAUCCAAUAUUUUGCUAAGAAUGUGAACUCAAGUGCAGCUCAUUGUUAGCUUCAGUAUAAAAAUGUGUACAGAAUUGUGUAUAGGUAAUGUGGUUCUUUGUAGGGAGACCUCUAUUUUUAAUGUAAGUAGUAGCCAAGGGCUGCUACAGUUUGGUUUUAAAAAGGAGAAAAAAAAAAAAAAAAAAAAAGUUGUGGAAUGUUUCUGCAUAUUUAAUGAUUUUGUUGAAAUUCAGUGACUGAUAGCCAGGUGUUUCUUCAUAGCUAAGUAAAACAAAGGAGGUAGCUUAAUAGCUGAUCUUAUAUUUUGUAGUAUAUGGCAUUGUAUUACUUUUUUAACAAUUUUGUAAUAAAAUGUUGUACAUGA